AACAUCAUCCGCACACUAGCAGGAUCCACAGACUGACCGACGUUGUGCUCUGCGGUGGAACGAACAACAACAACAAAAAAACGCGAUGGAGGCGCGAAUUGUCUCGGUUUGAACUGCCCUCCUGCUUUCUCUCUCUCCCCCCCCCCCCUCCUCACGCCGGAAACGACAUUAACCGCGCAUACGCAUCCAGCCGUUUAUCUGAGGCGUAAACAAGGGCGGGCGCGACGAUGUGGAUCCAGGUCCGCACCAUAGACGGGAAGGAGACCCGGACCGUGGAGGAUCUCUCCAGGCUGACCAAGAUCGAGACGCUCCGGGUGAAGAUACGCGACAUAUUCAACGUCAGCCCGCAGCAGCAGCGCCUCUUCUACCGAGGGAAGCAGAUGGAAGAUGGCCAGACGCUGUUUGACUACAACGUGGGUCUCAAUGACAUCGUCCAGCUCCUCAUCCGCUCCCAAACGGACCCUCCAGACAGCCCCUCGGCCAAGGGCUCGCUCAAGGACUCACCCAGCGUGUCAUGUCCCUCUGUCCCGACCUCCGCCGUCCCUCGCUGUGAAAGUCCCGCCUCCCCUGCGCCAGAGUCCCCUGUUGCUAUGGAAACCCCCACCACUAAAGACAAUGACAGCAGUGACAUUAUCGACCCUGCCAGUGAUACCAAGGCGGACACGGUUCCUCCUCGUGACUUAGCUGGCACCAAAAAUGCUCAAGCCCGCAGUCCGACGCGGGACACCCAGCCGCCCACAUCCAGCAAAAACACACUGGUGGACCCUGGAAUCGGGGGUGUACAAAGUAAGCAAAGUAAAAUCAACGAGCUGGUGGACUGCCGAGACGUGACCGUGGGCGCCUGGUUUGAGGCCUGCGUGGAGAACGUGACCCGUCCCCCUAAAGCGCCCACCAAGGGCAAGGUGGGGCGCCCCCCCAAAAGGACUAACGGCAAGCUGGAAGGCGAGCAAGGCCAAAGCACGGACACUAACAGGAAUAACGCUAUUGCCUUGAACUCUGAAACCACCGGAGCGUCCACCUCCCAGACAACAGACUCCACGGAGGUCAAAGGGCGAGACGAGGACGUUGUCUACCACAUCAAAUACGAGGACUAUCCAGAGAACGGACUGGUGGAGAUUCGACCAUUGCACGUGCGACCACGCGCUCGGACCCUGCUGCGCUUCGACCAGCUGAUGGUGGGCAUGCAGGUGAUGGUCAACUACAACCUGGAGACGCCGGAGGAGAGAGGUUUCUGGUUUGACGCCGAGAUCCAGACUCUCAACCAGACCUCCCGCACCAACAAAGAGCUCAGAGUCAAAAUUCUCCUGGGGGGUCCUGAGGAUGUGAUCGGGGAUUGUAAGGUUCAUUUUAUGGAGGAAAUCUACCAGGUGGAGAAACCAGGAGCACCGCCGUUGUCGGCUGCAGACGGACAAUUUAAACGGAAGAGCGGGCCCGAGUGCAAGCACUGCAGGGCCGACCCGGACGCCGAGUGCCGCUUUUGCUCCUGCUGCGUGUGCGGCGGCAAGCAGGACGCUCACAUGCAGCUGCUGUGCGACGAGUGCAACAUGGCGUUCCACAUCUACUGCCUCAACCCGCCGCUGGCCACCAUCCCGGACGACGAGGACUGGUACUGUCCCACCUGUAAGAACGACACCAGCGAGGUGGUCAAGGCCGGAGAGAAGCUUAAAGCCAGCAAGAAAAGGGCCAAAAUGCCCUCGGCCACCACAGAGAGUCAACGGGACUGGGGCAAGGGCAUGGCCUGUGUGGGACGCACCAAGGAGUGCACCAUUGUUCCCUCCAACCACUAUGGACCCGUUCCUGGCGUUCCUGUGGGGACCACGUGGAAAUUCCGAGUUCAGGUGAGCGAGGCCGGCGUUCACAGGCCGCACGUUGGCGGCAUCCACGGUCGCAGUAACGAUGGAUCCUACUCCCUGGUUUUGGCGGGGGGCUUUGAGGAUGAAGUGGAUCGGGGGGACGAGUUUACCUACACGGGCAGCGGGGGCCGCGACCUCUCAGGGAACAAACGCAUCGGAGAGCACUCGUUUGACCAGACCUUGACCCACAUGAACAGAGCUUUGGCCCUUAACUGUGACGCCCCCUUGAACGACAAAGACGGGGCCGAGUCCAAGAACUGGCGGGCCGGCAAGCCGGUCCGAGUGGUCCGUAGCUCCAAAGGACGUCGCAUCAGCAAGUACGCCCCCGAGGAAGGGAACCGCUACGACGGCAUCUACAAGGUGGUCAAAUACUGGCCUGAGAUAGGAAAGUGCGGUUACCUGGUGUGGAGGUACCUGCUGAGACGUGACGACCAGGAACCGGCCCCAUGGACCCCUGAGGGACUGGACAGGAUCAAAAAACUGGGUCUCUCAGUUCAGUACCCACCUGGCUACUUGGCAGCCAUGGCCAACAAGACGAAGCGCGAGGCGAUCGCCAGGCCGGGUCACGGCGGGCGCGGGCGCGGCAAGCACCAUUCCGGCAGGGGCCGAGGGAGGGGCCGGCCACCGAAGCACUCGAAGAUCGCAAAAGAGGAGCACGAGGAGGACGAGGAUUUUGAGCAGCUGAUUGCUGCUGUGGAGGACGACGAGGACGAGGAGGAAGAGGAGGAUGAGGCGGAGGAGGAGCAGCAAAGCAACGGCGAUCAGAAAACAAGCAGGGACAGCGAAUGGACCCCGCCGUCCGAGCCUCCAUCCAAGCGUGCCAAGGUGGAGGAGGCGUUCGAGCUGUCGGAGCAGCAGCAGCAGUUGAUCGGAGAGGACACGGCCAAUAAGAAACUGUGGGACGAGGCCUUGGGACACCUGGCAGAGGGACCGAACUUCCUGCGUAAGAUGGAGCAGAUCUUCAUGUGCGUGUGCUGCCAGGAGCUGGCCUACCAGCCCAUCUCCACCGUCUGCACGCACAAUGUUUGCAAGACGUGCCUGCAGCGCUCGUUCCGGGCGGAGGUGUACACCUGCCCCGCCUGCCGCCACGACCUGGGCAAGGACUACGUCAUGACGCAAAACAAGACCCUUCAGAUGCUGCUGGACCAGUUCUUUCCCGGCUACAGCAAAGGCCGAUGAGAUCUUAGUGGAAGACACACACACACACACACAUUGCAUUGCACUUGCAGCCAUUUGUGUAAACGUACAAUCACACGCACACAAACCACCUCAGUAGGUUCUGACCUCAUCUGUCCUCCAUAAACCUCACCAGCCUGAGAUUUCCCAGCAAGGACGCACGCCGGCAAGCCCGCCACACACCUCAACAUUUAUUUUACAUCCAUCCAAUCGCGGCCUCUCACUUAACUGCAGAGAGUGCUUAUUUGCAUAAGCCGCAUCCUUGUUAGAGGCUAGCAUGUUAACGGCCUUUAGUAUAAACAACCACACUCAAUCGAGUCAUGCAGAACCUCAUUAGCAUUCCGAAAACAUGAGAAAACCGCCUAAAAGUGGCACCCGAUGAGCUUAAUACCCCAAAACUAAAAUACUCCAGCACUUUUCCCACUAAUUCCACCUCGUUCUGCUUUGUUUACGUCACGGCAAGAUGUUUUGUUUGUGCCGUACAAACCUCCAAACAAUCUCGUUUCUAAACCUUCUCAUAGGAGACAAGUGCACAGUGUUGGCCUUUUCUUCAAUGCAGUACUGAACUGUCCAAUCACAAUCAAUCGAGUCAUGCAGAACCUCAUUGGCAUUCCUAAAACAUUAGAAAACCGGCUUAUAGCGGCACCUGGUGAGCUUAAAACCCCAAACUAAAAUACUCCAGAUCUUUUUCAACUAAUUCCACCUCGUUCUGCUUUGUUUACGUCGCGACGAGAUGUUUUGUUUGUGCCGUACAAACCUCCAAACAAUCUUGUUUCUAAACCUUCUCAUAGGAAACAAGCACACAGUGUUGGCCUUUUCUUCAAAGCAGUACUGAACUGUCAAAUCCCAAACCCUCAAUCGAGUCAUGCAGAACCUCAUUGGCAUUCCUAAAACAUGAGAAAACCAGCUAAAAGUGGCACCCGAUGAGCUUAAAACCCCCAACUAAAAUAUUCCAGCACUUUUUCCACUACUUCCAACUCGUUCUGCUUUGUUUACGUCACGACAAGAUGUUUUGUUUGUGCUGUAAAAACCUCCAAACAAUCUUGUUUCUAAACCUUCUCAUAGGAGACAAGUGCACAGAGUUGGCCUUUUCUUCAAAGCAGUACUGAACUGUCAAAUCACACUCAAUCGAGUCAUGCAGAACCUCAUUGGCAUCCCUAAAACAUUAGAAAACCGGCUAAUAGCGGCACAUGGUGAGCUUAAAAUUUCAAAUUAAAAUUUUCCAGCACUUUUUCUAAUAAUUCCACCUCGUUCUGCUUUGUUUACGUCGCGACGAGAUGUUUAGUUUGUGCCGUACAAACCUCCAAACCAUCUUGUUGCUAAACCUUCUCAUAGGAGACAAGUGCACAGAGUUGGCCUUUUCUUCAAUGCAGUACUGAACUGUCAAAUCACAAACACUCAAUCGAGUCAUGCAGAACCUCAUUGGCAUUCCUAAAACAUGAGAAAACUGCUAAAAAUGGCACCCGGUGAGCUUAAAACCCCAAACUAAAAUACUCCAGAUCUUUUUCAACUAAUUCCACCUCGUUCUGCUUUGUUUACGUCGCGACGAGAUUUUUUGAUUGUGCCGUACAAACCUCCAAACAAUCUUGUUUCUAAACCUUCUCAUAGGAAACAAGCACACAGUGUUGGCCUUUUCUUCAAUGCAGUACUGAACUGUCAAAUCCCAAACACUCAAUCGAGUCAUGCAGAACCUCAUUGGCAUUCCUAAAACAUGAGAAAACUACCUAAAAGUGGCACCCGAUGAGCUUAAAACCCCCAACUAAAAUAUUCCAGCACUUUUUUCCACUAAUUCCAACUCGUUCUGCUUUGUUUACGUCACGACAAGAUGUUUUGUUUGUGCCGUACAAACCUCCAAACAAUCUCGUUUCUAAACCUUCUCAUAGGAGACAAGUGCACAGAGUUGGCCUUUUCUUCAAUGCAGUACUGAACUGUCAAAUCACAAACACUCAUUCGAGUCAUGCAGAACCUCAUUGGCAUCCCUAAAACAUGAGAAAACUGCCAAAAAUGGCACCCGGUGAGCUUAAAACCCCAAACUAAAAUACUCCAGAUCUUUUUCAACUAAUUCCACCUCGUUCUGCUUUGUUUACGUCACGGCAAGAUGUUUUGUUUGUGCCGUACAAACCUCCAAACAAUCCUGUUUCUAAACCUUCUCAUAGGAGACAAGUGCACAGAGUUGGCCUUUUCUUCAAAGCAGUACUGAACUGUCCAAUCACAAAUGGUCAAUCGAGUCAUGCAGAACCUCAUUGGCAUCCCUAAAACAUAAGAAAACUACCUAAAAGCGACACCUGGUGAGCUUAAAACCCCAAACUAAAAUUUUCCAGCACUUUUUCCACUACUUCCACCUCGUUCUGCUUUGUUACGUCGCGACGAGAUGUUUUGUUUGUGCCGUACAAACCUCCAAACAAUCUUGUUUCUAAACCUUUUUAUAGGAGACAAGUGCACUGAGUUGGCCUUUUCUUCAAAGCAGUACUGAACUGUCCAAUCACAAACACUCAAUCGAGUCAUACAGAACCUCAUUGGCAUCCCUAAAACAUGAGAAAACUGCCAAAAAUGGCACCCGGUGAGCUUAAAACCCCAAACUAAAAUACUCCAGCACUUUUUCCACUAAUUCCACCUCGUUCUGCUUUGUUUACGUUGGACGGGAUGUUUUGUUUGUGCCGUACAAACCUCCAAACAAUCUUAUUUCUAAACCUUCUUAUAGGAGACAAGUGCACAGAGUUGGCCUUUUCUUCAAUGCAGUACUGAACUGUCCAAUCACAAACACUCAAUCGAGUCAUGCAGAACCUCAUUGGCAUCCCUAAAACAUAAGAAAACUGCCAAAAAUGGCACCCGGUGAGCUUGAAACCCCAAACUAAAAUACUCCAGAUCUUUUUCAACUAAUUCCACCUCGUUCUGCUUUGUUUACGUUGGACGAGAUGUUUUGUUUGUGCCGUACAAACCUCCAAACAAUCUUGUUUCUAAACCUUCUCAUAGGAGACAAGUGCACAGUGUUGGCCUUUUCUUCAAAGCAGUACUGAACUGUCCAAUCACAAAUGGUCAAUCGAGUCAUGCAGAACCUCAUUGGCAUCCCUAAAACAUAAGAAAACUACCUAAAAGCGACACCCAGUGAGCCUAAAACCCCAAACUAAAAUUUUCCAGAUCUUUUUCAACUAAUUCCACCUCGUUCUGCUUUGUUUACGUCACGACAAGAUGUUUUUUUUGUGCCGUAAAAACCUCCAAACAAUCUUGUUUCUAAACCUUCUCAUAGGAGACAAGUGCACAGAGUUGGCCUUUUCUUCAAUGCAGUACUGAACUGUCAAAUCACACUCAAUCGAGUCAUGCAGAACCUCAUUGGCAUCCCUAAAACAUAACAUAACUACCUAAAAGUGUCACCCGGUGAGCUUAAAACCCCCAACUAAAAUAUUCCAGCACUUUUUCCACUACUUCCACCUCGUUCUGCUUCGUUUACGUCGCAACGAGAUGUUUUGUUUGUGCCGUACAAACCUCUAAACAAUCUUGUUUCUAAACCUUCUCAUAGGAAACAAGCGCACAGUGUUGGCCUUUUCUUCAAUGCAGUACUGAACUGUCAAAUCCCAAACACUCAAUCGAGUCAUGCAGAACCUCAUUGGCAUCCCUAAAACAUGAGAAAACUGACAAAAAUGGCACCCGGUGAGCUUAAAACCCCAAACUAAAAUACUCCAGAUCUUUUUCAACUAAUUCCACCUCGUUCUGCUUUGUUUACGUUGGACGAGAUGUUUUGUUUGUGCCGUACAAACCUCCAAACAAUCUUGUUUCUAAACCUUCUCAUAGGAGACAAGUGCACAGUGUUGGCCUUUUCUUCAAUGCAGUACUGAACUGUCCAAUCACACUCAAUCGAGUCAUGCAGAACCUCAUUAGCAUUCCGAAAACAUGAGAAAACCGCCUAAAAGUGGCACCCGGUGAGCUUAAUACCCCAAAACUAAAAUAUUCCAGCACUUUUUCCACUACUUCCACCUCGUUCUGCUUUGUUUACGUCGCAACGAGAUGUUUCGUUUGUGCUGUAAAAACCUCCAAACAAUCUCGUUUCUAAACCUUCUCAUAGGAGACAAGUGCACAGUGUUGGCCUUUUCUUCAAAGCAGUACUGAACUGUCAAAUCACAAACACUCAAUCGAGUCACGCAGAACCUCAGUAGCAUUCCUAAAACAUUAGAAAACUGGCUUAUAGCGGCACCUGGUGAGCUUAAAAUUUCAAAUUAAAAUUUUCCAGCACUUUUUCUAAUAAUUCCACCUCGUUCUGCUUUGUUUACAUCACGGCAAGAUGUUUUGUUUGUGCCGUACAAACCUCCAAACAAUCUUGUUUCUAAACCUUCUCAUAGGAGACAAGUGCACAGAGUUGGCCUUUUCUUCAAAGCAGUACUGAACUGUCAAAUCACAAACACUCAAUCGAGUCACGCAGAACCUCAGUAGCAUUCCUAAAACAUUAGAAAACUGGCUUAUAGCGGCACCUGGUGAGCUUAAAAUUUCAAAUUAAAAUUUUCCAGCACUUUUUCUAAUAAUUCCACCUCGUUCUGCUUUGUUUACAUCACGGCAAGAUGUUUUGUUUGUGCCGUACAAACCUCCAAACAAUCUUGUUUCUAAACCUUCUCAUAGGAGACAAGUGCACAGAGUUGGCCUUUUCUUCAAAGCAGUACUGAACUGUCAAAUCACAAUCAAUCGAGUCAUGCAGAACCUCAUUGGCAUCCCUAAAACAUUAGAAAAACUUAUAAAAAUGGCACCUGGUGAGCUUAAAACCCCAAACUAAAAUACUCCAGAUCUUUUUCAACUAAUUCCACCUCGUUCUGCUUUGUUUACGUCGCGACGAGAUGUUUUGUUUGUGCCGUAAAAACCUCCAAACAAUCUUGUUUCUAAACUUUCUCAUAGGAGACAAGUGCACAAAGUUGGCCUUUUCUUCAAUGCAGUACUGAACUGUCAAAUCACAAUCAAUCGAGUCAUGCAGAACCUCAUUGGCAUCCCUAAAACAUAAGAAAACUACCUAAAAGUGUCACCCGGUGAGCUUAAAACCCCAAACUAAAAUACUCCAGCACUUUUCCCACUAAUUCCACCUCGUUCUGCUUUGUUUACGUCGCGACGAGAUGUUUUGUUUUCUGCCGUACAAACCUCCAAACAAUCUUGUUUCUAAACCUUCUCAUAGGAGACAAGUGCACAGAGUUGGCCUUUUCUUCAAUGCAGUACUGAACUGUCCAAUCACAAACACUCCAUGGAAGCAUCCAAGGCUGCUGACGAUUUUUGGUUGCUAAGCGACCAAAACUGAAGCAGGUCCAAAAUAAAUACAACGAGCACGGUGGAAAGUCAUGAUUUUUACAGUAGAAAAAAUGCUGCCUUUACUACUAUUUCAUAGCACUACUACAAACAGUGAGGUCUACCAACGUUGGGUUGUUAAAUAGUAUUCAUUCCCUGAUGAUACAACGGAACGUCCGGUAAAAUGUCGCCCCCUGUUGGUCCGGAGGUAAAACUGCGCACAAUAUAUCGUACAGAUUUGUUUCACUCUGAUGUUUCCCUUUUCUUUAUAAUGUAAAAUAACUAAUCUUUUUUGGUGUUUCUGACUACAAACUCCGAGCACUUACUUGUGAAUAUUUUACGCCGUUAUGCAACAUUAUUCUGGAUUUUUUUAUGACCCUUUUUUCGUUGAUGAGCAACUACAAAGGAGGGUUAAGUCCAAAAUACUGCAAUUACAAAAGUUUGUAUUUUUAUGAGAAAGAACUCAUUAUAUUACAAUAAUUAUGUUUUAAUUUGUUAUCUGAUAAAAAGGUGUGGUAUUGUUCAAAAAUUCAAGUAAUAUCAUACAGUAAUUUUUGUUGUAGUUUUUGUUCUUUCUCAUAAAUUGCCAAAUUUCCAUAGAAUAAUCUGCCUUUUUUUUAAUAACAUUUGCCAGUUGUUAUCAAUAACAUGACUUUUCUUUGUAAUAUUGCCAUUUUAUUCUGAUAAUACAACCUAUUCCUCAUAAAACUUCAACUUUUUUUUAUGAUAUCACAAUCUCAUCCUUGAAACAUUUUUCUCACAAUGACCCGACGUUAAUUUGUAUUUUUUUGUACAAUUUAUUCUUUUAAAGUAUAUUUUUUCCCCACCUAAUAUGAGAAUUAGUUUAAUAGAAUUUUUAUAAAUUUAGUUUAUUUUUCUCAUCAUCUUACAACUUUUCUCUCGUAACAUUGACAUUUUUGUGGGAAAAAAACCCAGGUUUUUUUGGGGGUAAAAAUGACUUAAGUUACUUUCACAUAUUAGGACUUUUUUUUCUAAUAAUACCAUGACUUUGUUUUCGUAAAAUGACUGCUAACCCUCAUAAAAUUAAGUUGUUCUUGUGGUUUUACACGUUAUUUUUUCGUAAUAACAUGCCGUUAAUCUUGUAAUUUUUUUGUAAGAUUUCCGUUUCAAUUACAAAUGUUUUUCUUGUAAAACUACGAAUUAUUUUUAUGCGAUAUUCAGUCAUUUCUUUUGUGAUGUUUAAACGUUUUUACGUUUAUCGUUGUUAUUGAUGCCUUCAUCAAAACCUCCGUAUUUUCCCGCCCUGGUGUGAAGUGAAGUGAAUUAUAUUUAUAUAGCGCUUUUUCUCUAGUGACUCAAAGCGCUUUACAUAGUGAAACCCAAUAUCUAAGUUACAUUUAAACCAGUGUGGGUGGCACCGGGAGCAGGUGGGUAAAGUGUCUUGCUCAAGGACACAACAGCAGUGACUAGGACGGCGGAAGCGGGGAUCGAACCUGCAACCCUCAAGUUGCUGGCACGGCCACUCUACCAACCGAGCUAUACCGCCCCUGGUGUGGUACUUCAAAAAUGUUGACGGUUGGCAGGGGUUGAAGGUCAAACUCAAAUGAUAUUAUCAAUAAUAACAUUAAUCGUGUUGAUUUUCCCGGACGAUUCUGGCUCCUCCCCUUUUGUGGGCGGGCUUGUGUGGCUUUUUGGGGCGUCCUUGUUUUUUUUUUUUCCACUUCAGCCAUUCAGGUUUUGUUUCCAACCAUGCAAUUCUAGAUACUCUUUGACUAGCUAACUGUGAUGUGCAUUCAUGAUUUGUUUAUGAUUAUUAUUUUUUUUCUUUGCAUCAACCGGCUAACUAAUAGCGCCCCCCCCCCCCCCCCCCUCCCUGCAGUGACCUUUGCCCUUUCUCUUCUGCUGUCUUUAUGUGGAGCUCCAGUGCUAACCGUUUUUAGACGUCUUGUGGACGCUUGGCUUCAGUGCUGUGUCGUUUUUAUUAUGAUGAUGAUGAUUAUUAUUGCACUCUACUGAAGAAGAAUGAAAAAAAAAAAGUCACAUUUAUUUUUUCCUAAGAAACGAAUCUCACUAAAUCAAUGUCCAGGUAUUUUUCUCGUAGUUCUUAGUUUGAAUCAUUAGUCACUUUUGUGUGCUGACCUUUUGCAGCAUUCGCUCAGUUCCAUUGCUUCAUAUUGUGAUUGGAAACUUUUAUACAUGUUAUAAGACUUAAUAUGUACCGAAUAAAUAUUUGGAUUCCA